UCUCGGAGUCAGACAAUGGUGACUAUGCAGAGGACGAUUCAAAGGAUCACAGCAUCUUCGAGUCGGAUUACAACGAAGGAAGCGGAGAUUUCGGCGUCAUGCCACCAAUUCCACCACCUCUGAUACCUUAUGGUAUCUUGGCAAAAGCAAAUGAAGCCCCAGAAACCUACGAAGCCACGACUCCGGGAACGCACUACGUGGACAGGACAUCUACAGAAACAGAGUUUGACGUGAUUUCACAGCUGGACAUGUGCUACUGUACCGCCAACUCAACUAUCGCUCGGGGUCCCGCAGGCCUGGAUGGCAAAGAUGGUCCUCCCGGCUUGGAGGGUCCACCUGGUCCGUUGGGACUGCAGGGUCCGCCCGGACCACAAGGGCCGCAAGGACUACAGGGCCUUCCCGGUCAACAGGGUCCGCCGGGACAGCCCGGAAUAGACGGUUUGCCAGGAAUACCUGGACCUAGAGGCUUACCAGGCCCCCCUGGGCAGCCAGGGCCUUCGGCACCAAGAAUAUUUGAGUUGGACAACGGCUACACGUCAGGAUUGUUCAGUGGAGCAGGCCCCUUCAACGGCAGACCUGGCCCGGGAGGUCCACAAGGCUUGCCGGGACCCCGGGGUCACCAAGGCGCCAAGGGUGAUCCGGGGCCUCCUGGACCGAAGGGACGUGAUGGGCCCCAGGGCCCACCGGGUCCACGUGGUAAGCCGGGCUCAGUGGGAUUACAUGGCCUGCCUGGACCUAGGGGACCAAUGGGACCAGAAGGACCCCAGGGACUGAAGAUAACCCCACCUCCCUAUCUCUUGUUCAUGGCUGCAAAACCAAACUUUGGCCGUUCCCUCAAGGUAAAAGAGGAUGUUGGCCAGCAUGCGCUUAGCGUGUCAGUUGUGCAGCGCACUCACUCGGUCAUAGAGCGGAACCCAAUCCUUGACACAUUUGUUGUCAGUGCCAGAAAAAAGUACCUGGGUCACGUGCUUGUGUGA